AUGGUUCGAUGGCUGGUCAAAGUCGAGGAACAUUCUCAUGAUGAUCUACCUCGUAAGUUGACUAUCAAUCGACUGACUGAUUAUUCAGAUUCAUUGAAUCGACAUUUCCCUUGCCUUCUUGAUAUGACUAAAUUCAAGGUUCGAGAACUGGAUCGUGAAUUCGGGCUCCGUUACUUGGAUGCUGAUGAUGGUCUUCUUAGUAAAUACAAUCCAUACACUGGAAAAACUGUUGUCAAGUAUCUAGAUAGUGAUGAGGAUCAGUCUAAGUUUGUGUUGCUUACGCUUAACAAUUCUGGUAAUCCUGGAAGAUUAGCUGUGUAUACUUCUUGGGAUCAAGCAUGGACUGUGAUCAAUGACGACAUGCCUUGUUGUUAUUUUUGCGAUGUGAUUUUGUUCAAUGGAUGUUUCUUUGCGGUCACGAAAGAUGGGACGACGACUAUGGCUGUAGAUAUCCCUUCUCUGAAAUUGACAGUACUGGCCGCAAGUCCUGUGUUUGACGGUGGCGGUGACAAGAAGUUUCUGAUUGAAUCCUCUGGUGAAAUGUUGCUGGUCGAUAUGUACUUGGGAAUGCAACUUGAAUCAGAUGACCUUCUGAACUUCGAGGAAAAGGAUGUCGAGUAUCACUUUGAUGACAUUGUAUCAAAUGAGUUAACCGACAAGAUUACAGUCUUUAAAUUUGUGGAAAGAGAGAAGAGUUGGGUUGAGGUUAAGGAUCUUGGGGAUAAAAUCUUGUUCCUUGGUGAUGAUUCCUCAUUCUCCGCUUUAGCUUCUGAUUUUUCACCUCUCUAUGGCGGAUGUGUCUUCUUCCACGGUUACGUCUUUGAUUGGGAAGACUUGGACACCAUAGAUGAUGAAGAUGUGGGAGUGUGUGAUUUUUUGUCUCAGGAAAUAAAGCUGGUGCGCCAACACCCUGAAUAUGCCAAGCUGUUCUGGCCUCCGCCUUCCUGGUUUACUGACUGA